UCUUACUCAAUGCACGCAUAUCUUUGCUUCCUCUAGUACAAAAAAAUAUACGAACAAGCUAAGUAGUUCAUAUUCGACGAUUAGUCGAUCAUGAAGUCUACGGCAGAACAGAUGAAGGUGGUCCCAAUCGCAACGGCUAUAAGGCUAGUACUAGUGUUGCUAACAAUGCAAUUUAUGGCAAUAUCAGCACAAGAAGAUUCUACAAUGUUAGGGAUGUGUUGGCAGAGGUUGUCAAAUUGUAAUGCUGCGUCGACGGCUUCGAAUAUGUGCUGUACUGUACUCAAGGAAGAUAUACGAGAAGACAGGGAGUGUUUUUGCAACGUCAAGUCUAUUAUCAAUGCAAAUGUCACUCUUGCCAACACUAUGUCUCAACUUCUCUUGGUUUGUGGAGUCCCAUCUUCUUAUAACACAUUAUGUCCUGACAACGAAGCGCCUUCACCAACUUUACGUCGUGUGCCAUCGCAAAGCCCUACCACCUUGGAUGUGCCAUCUACACCAAUCGAUACUUCAUCAGAUGAGACUAGUUCUCUAGAUUCAACAACAUCUUCCUCAUCAAUUCGAGGGAAACUUCAUAUAAUAAUUCCUGCUGUCGUCGUUGCAAUCGUGGCCAUGGUUGUGAUCGUGACACUAGUCAUAUGCUUAUGCGUUUGUAAGAAAAAACCGAAACCAGAAAAACCUGAAGAUGUGCAUGGACUUGUGCAAAAAUAUGAUGCCGCCCUUCCAACUAUGACUCCAUCUUUCGUAGUUCCAAUAUCAAAUGUCACAAAUGAUUCUAUCUAUGAAGGGAAUUUGGUUUCUGGUGAAUUGCCUCAAACUCCUGCAUCAAAGAAUGAAUUCGUGACUGCUGAAUCGUUGCAAUAUGACCUAAGAACUCUCCAAACAGCCACUAACAACUUCUCUGAUCAUCUAAAAAUCGGUCGUGGUGGAUUUGGUGUUGUUUACAAGGGGACAUUAGAGGAUGGUAGAGAAAUAGCUGUGAAAAGACUAUCGAACAGCUCUAGGCAAGGUGAAAAGGAAUUCAAGAAUGAGGUGGUACUAUUAGCAAAGCUUCAACAUAAAAAUUUGGUUAGGUUAGUUGGAUUUUGUGUAGCAGAUACAGAGAAGCUACUCGUAUACGAGUUCGUGCCUAACAAGAGCCUAGACUACUUCCUAUUUGAUCCUGAAAAACAAGCGCAAAUGAAUUGGUCAAUGCGCUACAAUAUUAUAAAAGGCAUUGCUCGAGGAAUGUUGUACCUUCAUGAAGACUCCCCUGUUAGAAUUAUUCAUCGCGAUCUCAAAGCUGGCAAUGUGUUGUUGGAUGCGGAGAUGAAUCCAAAAAUUGCUGAUUUUGGCAUGGCCAGGAUAUGUUCUUUUGAACAGACACAUAUAGAUACAUGUCGCGUUGUUGGUACUUAUGGUUACAUGGCUCCUGAGUAUUUACUUCACGGACAGUUCUCCACGAAAUCAGAUGUAUACAGUUUUGGCGUGUUAGUGUUAGAAAUUGUAAGUGGGAGAAGGGUCAACAGUUUUCUUUACCAAUCUGAAGCAGGCGAAAACCUUUUGAUCUAUGCCUGGAAAUGUUACUUGGAAGAAAGAACAUGGGAGCUCAUAGAUAAAACAUUAAGUGAUUCAUGCUCAAAUGACGAAGUCAUGAAAUGCGUGAAUUUAGGCCUAAUGUGUGUACAAGAGGACGUUACUAGAAGGCCUAUAAUGGACACAAUAGGUCACAUACUAAGCUCUAACUAUAUCGCGUCUAAGGCUCCUUCAAUGCCGCCUCAACCCCCAUCGUUCUUGUACAGCAGCAGUUCAGAUCUAUCGGCGACAAGAAGCAACACUAGUUCAUUGCCAUCUACAACAACAAGAAGUGACUCACAUUCACUACCAUGGUCUACAAACUGAUAGGAAGUUCAUUUACUUUGGAUCUUAAUUGAUGAAUUGAAACAAUUUAUUUUCUUGGAUAACAUCUAUAUAUAAGCAAAAUUUCCCCUGUUUUUCAACUAUACAAGGCAUCUUUAUAAAGUACAGAGUAUGUAUGCAUUUUUCACUUCAAUGUUAUAUUCUCUUUUUACCAUAAUUUAUUAUGUGGAUAUAUAUUCUACAUAGACACAUAGUAUCAUAUUCUAUAUGCUCAUAUAUUUAUUGAAAGCACCUCAAAUAAGAAAAUGAGCAAAAUUUAUAGGUUUUUUUUUUAUUUAUUUAUUUAUUUGUUUUUUUUUUAAAAAGGAGCAAAAUAUUUACAUGAUUUUUUAAAUUGAAGUGGAGAAAGAGCUAAUAUGAUGGCCAUCCAUGAAUGUAGCUAGCUAUUGACCAAUUAGUACAGACACCUUCAAAUAGAAAGCAAGUUGAUAAUUAUUUUUUAAAAUUCAAACGUGACCCCAUUUCUACUAGUAGACUUUUGAUGCAUCUUUCAUCUUGACCUUAUGAAAAAAUAUUUAAUGGAAGUUAGAGAAUACAAUUAAGUUAGAGAUUACAGAAAGUUAGAGAAGAAAGAAAUAUUUCCAAAAAAAAGCUAAAAAAAA